UUUUACCCGACAUUUUCUACUCUGCUAAUAAUAUAUAUUUUUUUAUUCUUUUUCUCGUUUUCUUUUAUAGAAAAAGAAAAAAUAAAUUAAAAAGGUAGCGGGGCCCAGCCCAUUUUAUUUUCAGCCAAACUUUGGUUUUGAAUCCGCGACUCUGCUUUCUGUUUUUUCUUUUACUAUUUACUUUUUCCUUUUUAGAAAAAGGAAAAUGAAUAAUAAAAAAAGGGUGGGGCCUGCCCAAUUUCUUCUCUACCAAACGUUGGUUUUUGCUCUACCGUUAUUUUGUUCUUUUAUUGCUCCCUAGGAGCUAUACAACGGCUAUAUAGCCCUUUUUUUGUUUUUUGUUUUUUUUUUGCGACCAACCGUGGCUUAUAUAAGUGAGUGUAGUUUCACUCCCCACACUUCAUAACUUCCUUUCAUCUCAACUUUUUCUCUCUAGAAUUUUAGUAGUUUCUUCAUGGAUUUCAAAAAAUCUUAGUGGUUCUUCAUUUUUUCAAGUCUUUUGAAGCCUAUUUUGGUGUUCGAUCCUCAAGAUUUGGUGUUUGUUCUUCGCACCUUCAAAGAUUCAUCAAAAUCUCAAGGUUUUGGAGGCCUAUUUUGGUGUUUGAUCUUCAGGAUUUCGUGUUUGUUCUUCACACCUUCAAAGAUUCAUCAAAAUUUCAAGGUUUUGGAGGCCUAUUUUGGUGUUUGAUCUUCAAGAUUUGGUGUUUGUUCUCCAAAGUUUCAUCAAGAUUUCAAGCUUUCGGAGGCAUCUUUUGGUGUUUGAUCUUCAAGAUUUUGGUGUUUGUCAAUGGCCGAAAAUCACUCUAUUGCUGAGGAGAGGGCAAAAAGGUUGGCUGCUCGAGCUUCAAAAAGAGCUGUUGAGAUUAUCGAUGAUGACCAGGGUCGUGGCGAUAAAGUCACGAAGAGGAUGAUGAAGAAGCUUGCUGAGAGAGCCAACCCUCCUGAGCCUACCACUCCUGCUUUCCUCCAGCACAGUCAGCAAGCUGGGAAGAGGUUUAGAGAUGCCGAUGGUCACAUGCAGACUGCUUUCAUGCCGGCUUGGGGUAUUUGUGAUCAGCAUUCGGUGUCUGGGAGUUCUCUCCUAGCUAAGGACUGGUCUAGGGAGUGCAUAACUCCUCCUGAUCGGACCAACAUUGUGGAGAGAACGAGCCUUGACGAGGCGGAGCAGCUUGGUGCUAGUGCGGCCUAUAAUCUCAACUCCUACUUCCAGGCGGCUAUUUAUCAAGCUAAUGCCUUCAAGGAGUCUGAGAGGGCUCUUCAGAAAGAAAAGGUUAGCUUGACUAGAGCGAUGAACGAUUGGGAGAGCCGUGCUCAUUCGGCUGAGGACAUGGUCACAUCUCUUCAAAACAGGAUGAAGACUCUCGAGGAAGGUUUGGAGAAGAACAAGGGGAUGAUUAUCGACGAGUACAUGGACUCUGACCCCUUCCUCCAGUUCAUGGACGACCAUGAUGAUAGGGUGCGUCCCUCGGUUUUCACUUCUGGCUGGGACAAGGCCCUCGAGACCGUUGUUGCUGAUCACCCGGGAAUGUUUGAUCCUUCUCGGUAUCCUAGCCCUUAUCUACCAGCUCAGUCUUUGGCCACUGCAUCUUCCUCCCAUGUUCCCGCCGUUGUUGAUGUUGAGGAGGUGGAAGGAGCAGGGGUCGCAGUUGGAGAUCAGACUCCUCACAGUGCGUGGCCUAGCUGGGAGUAGUUCCAGCUCCUCUUACUAGUCUUACGAGACUUUAUCUAUGCGUAUUUUAUUAUCUAUCUAGGACUUGUUUAUUCGGGCCCUGCGUGGCUAAAGCUUUGUGCUUGCUUGACUUCUAUUUGGGAAUGUAAUAUGACUUUAACUUAUCUUGUAGCCUUGCAUGGCUUUUAUGUACUCGACUUAUCGUAUCUUUUAUAAGGGUUGUACCACAACUCUUAAGUUAUUAAUCUAACUAUUUCGGAUUUGAGCUUCUA